UUGGAUACUUCACUCAGAUGCAGACGAGCCAUGAUAGCUGAACUUUUUGGUGAAGCAUGGGACAAGGACAAGGCUUGCAAUGAGAUGUGUGAUCACUGUGACAAGGAUAUGAACUGCAAGGAAAUGGACAUCACCAACCACUUUCUCAGUCUAUGCACCGUGUUUGAAGUGGCUGCCAGCAGGAAGAUAAGACUCACAGGGGCCAAGUUGGUCGGCGCAUGGAUGGGUUCCCCUGGCAAUGGACUGAAAGUGAAUCUUCCUCACCCUCCCCUAUCAACAAGAGGAAUGUGCGAAAGGGUCAUCGCUCAUCUACUCAUUGAGGGUUAUCUCCAGGAGGACUUCCACUUUACACCCUAUAAUACUAUCAGCUAUAUUCUCCCUGGGGGAAUGAGAAACGGGACGACAGAAGGCGAGAGGCCCGAAAGAAAGCCAGGGAACGGUCAGCAGGUGUGUUACCACUACACCUCCGAACCCUGUCUUCUCGAUGCCAUCCUCAUCCGUCACAAAAUGGACAAAACAACCCUAGUUGACCAGUAUCUUCAAUGA